UAGAUAUUUUUUGUUUUUUACCAUAGCAUUAUAGUUUUAUAAUUGGCAACACUUUUCAUCAAAAGUGUCAGCUGUCGUUUCACUUGGUUGUCAAGUUACAUGCGCUUAACAGUUUGUUGCGUUCAAAAGUAAAUAUUUUGUUUAUGAUUUGAAGAAAGAUAACAAAGAAAUCUGCAAGAAAUUUUAAAAUGGGUUUUGGAUUAUCAAAAGUUGGAUGUGAUCAUUCAAUACCACAAAUUUCUUUAUCUACAAAAGUAGAUAAUAAAAAGUUUCAAAGUAAAAUAUUUAGUUAUCAAAACAGUUCCUGUGGAAAAAAACCUAGUUGUAACCUGUCAUUGUUAAAGUAUUCAGGCGUAAAAGAAAUGGUUCAUGAUCAAAAAAUAAGUAAUUCAAAUACCAGUUUUUUGGAAAAGAAAAAAAGAAUAAUGCCUACUUCUGAUUUCUAUAGAUUGGCAGAUGAAAGAGCCAUGAAUGUUCCAAUUAGUUUUUAUCAAUCAAAAGAACAAUUUGUGAAUUACUUAAUCGAACCAUUUGUUGAAUCUGUAGUUCUACAAUUACGUGUUGUAUGGAGAUGGGUCACCAAUAACUUUGAAGUUAUUGCAGGUGGUUGUAUUUUGGAAACAGAUAACGUGCCUCUGCCUAAAGAUCAAUGUCUUAAAAAUAAAAAUCUUCAUACUUUUGCUGUUUUUUUAAGUGAAUGUACAAAAGAGUUAGGUUUAAAGAUGGAAAUUGUUUCAGGAUGGGUAAAACUUAACAAUACUUUAGUUGACUCCAUUAACAAUGAAAUCUAUCAUUCAUGGAAUGCUGUUUAUUUAGAUCAGACAUGGUGGUUACUUGAUGUUGUGUGGGCUUCAGGAUAUUUGGAUGCAGACAUGGAUUUUAUUAGAGAUUACAAUGAACAUUAUUUCCUUUGUGAUCCUGAAGAGUUUAUAUAUGAUCAUUAUCCUAAAGAUACUUUCUGGCAACUACUUGAUGAACCUAUGUCAAAUAAUGCUUUUAAAAACUUACCGUUUUAUUCCAGGAAUUUUUUUUUAAGUCAAAUGAAACCAUUAACUCAUUCACUUGGUUUAAUUGAAUGUAAAGAGACAGAAAAAUUACAUUUAAAAUUCAAGAUAACAAAAUCAAAUGUAGAAUAUUUUACUAUUUUAUAUGACAUGGCAAAUAAUGAGGUAGUGAAUGAAGGAAUGCGUUUGUAUACAACAGAAAAACUGCUUCAUAUAUUUAUUAUAAUUCCUCACCAAGGGGAAUUUCUUUUAAAGUUGUUUGAAAAAACUUCAAAGAAUGUAACAUCACUUCUGUGUGGUUACAUUGUUAAACUUAAGCAAAAUUUAAAGUUUUCUGUUUUUCCAAAGCAGUACAAACAAUUUCAACAAGGAUAUGUUUUAUAUAGCCCUUUGCAAGGGCAUUUAAUUAUAGGAGAAAAGUAUAAAUUUAAAAUUGCUUUACCAGGAGCCGUUGAGAUGGUUGUUUGUCUUGGUGGAGCAAACUCUAGCUGGAUUCCAAUUGGUCUAAAUAAAGAUUCGACGUGGGAGGGAGAUGUGGUUAUAACAAGUGGUUCUGAAAGAGUAACGGUCGUUGCAAAGUUUCAUCAAAAAUUGAGGCAAACUUUUUCUAGUGUUUUAGAAUAUCAAACCAUUUUACAAGAAUAAAUAUUUAACGGCGCUGUUCAGGAGUCAAAUGCGUAAUUCUAAAAAAAUCUACAAAUUUAUAUCGUCGCUCUACUUCUGUCUUGAGUUUUUUUAAAUCAAAAGCCUGCCGAUUAUAUAUAAUAUAUAUUUUUUUAGAAUAUAUUUUUUUAUCAAUA